GUCCUUGACACACAUUUGUGCUCAGGUAUCAUUUAACAUAAGAGGCAGACUCUAACUCUCACAUGGCUCUUCAUCUCUCCCUCCUCCUCCUAAUCCUCAUCUUCGACAGACUCUCAGCAGAGAGGCAUGUGUCUGUGCAGACAGGAGGCUCCAUCACCAUCCCAUGUAGCUAUGAUCAGUAUUACAUAAACCAUGUGAAAUACUGGUGUCAAGGAUUAGGUUGGGAUGUAUGUUCGUAUGUAGUACGUACUAACCAUCCUAAGAGCAGUGGUAAGACCUCAAUCUCUGAUGACAUCAACAAGAGAAUCUUCACCGUGACCAUGACUGACCUGGUGUCAUGGGACUCUAAUACUUACAGGUGUGUUGUGGAGAUCAAUGGAGGAACAGAUAUCAUGAUACAAAGGUUCUACCUAUCUGUCACUCCAGGUACUCCAGAACUCUAUGUAGAACAACAGGAAGUGACUGGAGUAGAAGGAGGGAGUGUCACUGUCUGUUGUUACUAUAGUAACUCUGGAGAUAUGAAGUGGUGCAGGAUGGGUGGUGAUUGUGUGAGUGGGAAUUCUGGGACUUUAAAUGGAACAUCAGUGACAUUAACGCGGACUAGUGAUGCCAACAACAGAACAGCCUUAACAGUGACUAUGAGUGGACUGAAGAUGGAGAACACUGACUGGUAUUGGUGUAGAGUUGGAGAACUAGAGAUGCCUGUUCACAUCACUGUCAGUCAACAAACUGCAACACAGAGAACCUCUAAGAUGACCUCAACAACCCAAGAUCCAACCCCUCCACAACCCUCUGCCUCUCCAACUGCUGAGCCUGUUCAGACUGACAACACAAGUCAAGGAGCUGAGGGGAACAUGGAGGAAGUCCACCAGAGCUCCCACACCACUAGAGGGAUGCCUUCAUCCAUCAGGUCCAUAGAUGUGAAAGUCCUACUCAGCUCUCUGGGCAUGUUGGUGGUGGUGACAGCUGGUAUCCUAUUAACAUGGAAGAUGUGGAGAAGGCAUAAGGACAAUAAGGCCAAGGACCAGACAACUAACGACUCAGUGUCUGCUGACCCUGAGCAGGACAUUACAUACAGCACAGUGACCCACACCAGAGAAACAGCACAGCAGAGGCCAAACCCAGAGAGACGCCAUGAUGUGAUAUACAGCACUGCGAUGCAUGAUCCGUUCAGGACAGCAGAGAAGGAUCCAUUUCCUGAAGCUGAUGAUGAUGUCACAUACAGCACUGUCAUCCCCCAGCACAAGACCCAAGUAAAAGGGCAGACCAAGUCAGCAGAACCAGAUGAUAAUGUGGUCUACAGCUCACUAGCUCUACAGGUGACCACACAGCAGAGGGCAGCAGCACAGCAGUGACUGACAGAGAAGACCUUGAUCUUGUCAUUUUACUGGAAGGACAGAACACUCCCCUCUCCUGUGUCACAACAUCUAUCUGCCUCCAAUAUGAUUCUGUCAUACCUCUUGACCCACCCCAGAAAGACACCUCUAUCCUUUAGUGUAAUAAACUACUGAAGGCAGUCUGCUGUGUUUGUUGUGAUUAUCAUCACAUUUCUGUUAUUAGUUAUGUUCCACCACCUUUCCCCUUGUCUCUUAUUUCUUACAUCAUGAUCUUAUUGAUCUAGUUUAAUGUCCUAUGCCUGUAACUAAUCAUGAUCAAACGUGUAUUAAGAUCAUAGUAUAGACAGCUACUAUGUAUAAUAACUACUGU